UGCUUUCUGUUCCUAUCACUUUCAGCCAACUCAUCAGCUUCUAAGUCAUUGCAGAGAGGAACAUAAAGUGCGUCAUGACUCACACCAACUUUACCAUCUUCCACCCUGCAGUGUUUGUCCUGCUUGGCAUCCCUGGGUUGGAGGCUUACCACAUUUGGUUGUCAAUACCCCUUUGCCUCAUGUAUAUUACUGCAGUCCUGGGGAACAGCAUCCUGAUAGUGGUCAUCAUCACAGAACGUAACCUCCAUGAGCCCAUGUAUUUCUUCCUCUCCAUGCUGGCUAUCACGGACAUUCUGCUGUCUACCACUACUGUGCCCAAGGCCCUAGGUAUCUUUUGGCUCCAUGCCCAUGAUAUUGCCUUUGAUGCCUGUGUCACCCAAGUCUUCUUUGUCCAUGUGAUGUUUGUGGGGGAGUCAGCCAUCCUGUUAGCCAUGGCCUUUGACCGUUUUGUGGCCAUUUAUGUCCCCCUGAGAUAUACGACAGUGCUAACAAGGCCUGUUGUGGGAAGGAUUGCUCUGGCUAUUGUCACUCGAAGCUUCUGCAUCAUCUUCCCAGUGAUCUUCUUGCUGAAGCGGUUGCCCUUCUGCCGAACCAAUAUCAUUCCCCAUUCCUACUGUGAGCAUAUUGGAGUAGCUCGCUUAGCCUGUGCCAACAUCACUGUUAACAUCUGGUAUGGCUUCUCAGUACCUAUUGUCAUGGUCAUCUUGGAUGUGAUCCUCAUCGCUGUGUCUUACUCACUGAUCCUCCGAGCAGUGUUUCAUUUGCCCUCCCAGGAUGCUCGGCAUAAGGCCCUCAGCACUUGUGGCUCCCACCUCUGUGUCAUCCUCAUGUUUUAUGUUCCGUCCUUCUUUACCUUAUUGACACACCGCUUUGGGCGUAACAUUCCUCGACAUGUCCAUAUCCUGCUGGCCAAUCUUUACCUGGUGGUGCCACCAAUGCUCAAUCCCAUUGUCUAUGGUGUGAAGACUAAACAGAUCCGGAAGGGUGUAGCCCACUGGUUCUUUUACAUCAAGAAUUGGUGCUGUGCCUCUCCUCUGGGAUGAUGGAUCCUCAUGAAUCUCCAUGCCCAGCU